AUGUCAGGAGAUAAGAAGCCAAGCAUCGUAAAAAAUUACAUCAUCGGAGGUGCAGCUGGUAUGAUUGCUACAACCAUUAUCCAGCCUAUCGAUUUCGUUAAGGUCCAACUCCAAAUCAAAGGAGAGGGUGUUAAAGGUGCAAGGCCUAAUCCUUUCACUAUUCUGAAACAAACCAUCUCAGAAUUCGGUGUUAAAAGAUUAUACACUGGCCUAGACUCUGCUUUGCUAAGACAAGCUACUUACACCACUACAAGAAUGGGUACUUACAAGUCUUUGAUGGACUGGGGUGCUGAAUUCAACAAAGGAGCUGUCCCAGCCUGGCAAAAGGCAGGAUACUCUCUUUUUGCAGGAGGCUUUGCAGCUCUAAUUGGUAACCCUGCUGAUUUAGCUUUGAUUAGAAUGCAGAGUGACCAUACUCUUCCUGAAGCCCAAAGAAGACAUUACACUGGAGUUGUCAACGCAAUUACCAGAAUUAUCAAAGAAGAAGGAUUUUUCAGCUUGUGGAGAGGCUCAACCCCUACAAUCUACAGAGCAAUGGCCAUUAACCUUGGUAUGUUAGGCCCAUAUGACCAGGCUAAAGAACUUCUUACUAAGUCUUUUGGUGAAUUCAAUGGAAUCAGAGUGGCCUCAUCAUUGAUUGCAGCAUUCUUUGCCUGCGUGCUUUCUCUGCCAUUUGAUAACGUGAAGACUAAAUUCCAAAGAAUGGCGAAGAAGCCAGACGGUACUUAUCCUUAUAAGAGCUUUAUGGACUGCUUUAUGAGGUCAUUGAAGAAUGAAGGUUUCUUAGGAUACUACGUUGGAUUCAGCACAUAUGUGGUUCGUAUUGCUCCUCAUGUAAUCAUCACACUACUGACUGUUGACUUCUUAACCUCUAUUUUUAAUAAGCCUAAGUAA